AUGCUUGACAUGGAGGAUUUUGCUGAAUCAGUGGUCGGAAACCCUGGAGAAGGCCUCAAUGUUGAGCAAAGGAAACUACUUACCAUCGGUGUUGAGCUUGCUGCGAAGCCUGCUCUACUUAUCUUCCUGGACGAACCCACUAGUGGCCUUGAUUCACAGAGCUCAUGGGCGAUUUGCAAGUUUCUGAGAAAGCUUGCUGAUAACGGACAAGCAGUCUUGGCCACGAUCCAUCAACCUAGCGCCUUACUGUUUCAAGAAUUUGAUCGGCUUCUUUUCCUCGCGAAAGGCGGCAAAACGGUCUACUUUGGGGACAUUGGUGAGCAGUCGCGGGUUUUGCUGAAUUACUUUGAAAGCAACGGCGCAAGACACUGCGAGCAAACUGAAAAUCCUGCGGAAUAUAUGUUGGAGAUAAUAGGCGCAGGAGCUUCGGGCCAAAGCUCGAAGGACUGGGUAGAGACGUGGAAUAAUAGCUCCCAACUAAUUGAUGUCCUCGCUGAACUAGACCGCAUCGCCAAGCAAGAGUCCUCCGAGGUGACAGAUUCUGACGAAGCAAGCACUGGCGAGUUCGCCAUGCCCAUCACUAGCCAGUUCUACUAUGUGACCAAGCGAGUCUUCCAACAAUACUACCGCCAGCCGGAGUACAUUUUUGCAAAAUUUAUCCUGGGAAUUGUUUCCGGUCUCUUUAUCGGUUUCUCGUUCUGGAAAGCAGACAAUUCUCAACAAGGAUUCCAGAACGUGCUGUUCAGUCUUUUCCUUCUCUGCACGAUCUUCUCCAUCUUGGUCAACCAAAUCAUGCCUAAAUUCGUCACCCAACGAGCCCUAUACGAAGUCCGCGAACGACCAUCCCGAACCUAUUCCUGGAAAGUCUUCAUCCUAGCCCAAAUCCUCGCCGAACUCCCCUGGCAAAUCAUCCUCGGCGUAUGCUCCUGGGCCUGCUUCUACUUUGCCGUCUUCGGCGCCUCCCAAGAACCCCAACGCCAAGGCCUGAUCCUCCUCUUCGUCGUCCAAUUCUACAUCUUCGCCUCCAGCUUCGCCCAGCUCGUCAUCUCCGCCCUCCCAGACCCCGCUCUCGGAGGCAUGCUCGCCGUCCUCGGCUUCGGUAUGUCCCUCAUCUUCAACGGAGUCAUGCAACCGCCCUCCGCCCUCCCGGGCUUCUGGACCUUCAUGCACCGCGUGUCCCCAUUAACCUACUACAUCGCGGGGAUCAGCGGCGCCGCACUCCACGGCCGAUCCAUCCACUGUUCCGACCGAGAACUCAACACGUUUGACCCACCCUCCGGACAAACCUGCGGCGACUACCUAGCCGAGUACCUGAAAUCCGCGCCGGGAGAACUCUACAACCCCUCUGCCACGCAAGAAUGCCAGUACUGCUCGCUGCGGAUCGCAGAUCAGUACCUCGCCGGGCGGGACAUCUCGUGGGAUGACCGGUGGCGUAAUUACGGGAUUUUCUGGGCUUAUUUCGUGUUCAAUGUGUUUGGGGCCGUGGUGCUGUAUUAUGUUUUCAGGGUGUGGCCGUAUUCGAGGAAGGUUGGGGGGCGGAAGAAAUAG